AUGAAGUCCGCCAUCCUCCUCCUCGUCACCCUUCUCGCGCUGCUCCAGCUCACAGCCCUUGCCGGCGCCAGUAUUGAUUCCCGGGGCGUCCCCCGGCACGCGUCCGGUGUCUAUCCCCGGGCCCGCCCCGCAUCCAUCCUCGCCCGGCGUGCGGCCCCAAAAGCCAGCGAGCCCAAAGCCAAAGCGACCAAGGCCAACGCAACCAAGGCCAAAGCAUCCAAAGGCGAAGUGGCCCCAGCGAAGGCGAAAACCGGAAAGGGCGCCACAGCGGCCAAGAAGAAGACCACAAAAGGCGCUGCUGCGGCAAAAGGGAGCACCGGGGCUGCCUGUGCCUGGACCCCCGGCGCCAAGGGUCGCAUCGGGAAGCGGGCUGACUGCCAGGCCGCCAAUGACGGAGACACAGCCACAGGCACUUACACUUUGCUAUGCGCGCAGAAAUCGACUGGUGCAAAGAAAAGGCUGGGAAAGCGCGCUAAGUUUGAGACGUUGGGAAAGGAAGAUUUCUUUACGUGUGGUGGAAAAUCGCUCAAAUACCACGGCGCCGGUAUCACGUCCGUCGCGCCCCAGGUGCUACAGUUAUGGAAAACAGCGCAGCAAGAGCGGAAACAACGCCAAGCAGCGAAGAGUUCGAAAGGCUCCAAAAAUAACGUCGCCUCGAAGCUCAAAACUAGUGCCGCCGAAUACCCACGCCUCAACCAUAACCAGAAAGUCUCAAGCAAAGACAAGGCCUCCACAAAGGAAAACCAGCUGGUGCCCGACAAUGAACUGGAGGAGGUCGGUCUGUCAGACGCGGAUCGCCAGGCAGGAAUGUGGAAUCUUGUUGAGUUUCCGAUUUUGCGUAGCGGGGAGCUGUGGGUACAUGAUCCUGACGUCAAGGGGUCCCAGGGAUCAGACCGCAUGUUGCUGGCGGUCCCGAACGACAACUCAAAGGUCCUCGGGGUCUGGGUGGCAACACAUAACAACGCGGCCGACGGCAAGACGAUCACAGGCAACGAUAAGGCUGACAGCGCUCACGAGAUCGUGCCCUUCCGGAAGGCGCCGGAGAAGGUCGCGAGGCCGCAGGUGGUGCUAGGCGAAGGUGCGGGGAAGGGUGCGGAUGGAAUAAAGCGGGACCCAGUUUCGCCGUGGACGAUCCCGAAGGCGGCGGGGGCGGGGGCAAAGAAUACCUGA